AUGACUGCCCCUACUAUCUCCCUUCCCACCACCUUCAAUAUCUCUCAUACGAUCAACACUCUCAUGGACCGCAACAAUUAUCUUAGUUGGCGAUCUCAAUUUCAGGAUAUUCUUGAAAUUCAUGGUAUGGAAGAUGUCGUGACUAUCAAUUCUAAACCACUGAAGAAGCACAAUGAUGGCUUUGUCAAUCCCCAUUAUUCUAGGGACAAACUCAUUUUCAGUUGGAUCAAGGCUACCUACAUAUCCUCUAUCCGAACUAUUCUAAUCCCUUGCACCUAUGCUUAUGAUGUUUGGACUCUCUUGGAAAAUCGUCUGUCACCUCUCUUCAAGACUCACAUCCGCACUCUUCGUGACCAACUUCGCACUCUUAAGAAAGAUUCGGAGAAGCCCAUGUCUGACUAUCUGGUGCAUGCCAAAAGCCUUGCAGAUUCUCUUAAUACUGCUGGUUCCAGUAUCAGUGAAGAUGACCUCAUUGAAUGCCUUUUAGAUGGCAUUGGUCCUGAAUACAAGGAGUUUACCACCGUUGUUCAUCUUCGCCCUUCUUUCUCAUAUGAUGAUUGUUACGACCUGCUCAUUUAG